AUGGAGGCCGAGAGCCUAGGCCUAGCAGCCUCAGUUGCCGGCCUGCUAUCUCUGGGCUUGCAGAUCACUGGCGGCAUUGUCAAGUACAUGGACGCCUUUGAGGGCCGUGACGAGGAACUACGCAACGUCAAGAAACAGAAUGACAACCUGGCAGUUGCUCUCCGUGCAAUGAAGACGGCGUUGGCUGGUCUUCAAGACCAAAGUCCGGACAUCAUUAUUGCAGUAGAGCAGAACAUACGAAGCUGCGAAGAGGACCUCGGCGCUGUCGAGGCUCUGUGCGUUGAGCUUUCUGAUCGUGCUGGCAGCACCUGGACCAGGCGGCUGGAGAACAAGAAGAAGAAGUUGACUUUUGCGUUCCAUCGACCUGAGCUUCGAGACCUGGCUCAACAAUUACAACAAGCUCAUGGAGCUCUGCAAACGCUGCAGGGUACCUUGGGACUGGAGAACUCGAAUAGGAACACGACUAGACUGAUGGCCAUCGAGUCAAAUAUCUGCGAACAAGUUUCCGAUAUGCUCCUAGUCCGAUCAGAAGUGGCAGCACUCGCUACGCCAGUGGCUAACAUCAAUGAAAAGCUGCCAGGUCUACAAAGCAGUGUGGAUCGGACCGUUCAGCUCUUCGCGGAUCACUCCGGAGCUAUGACAACUGAGUUUCUUGAGAGCAGACAUGAACUUCGACUAUCGCACAACACUAUUGUAGAGGAACUUCAAAUGAUUCGUCGAGACUUUGGGAGACUACAGCUUCUAGAAGAAGAAAACAAGUCUCUGAGGGUUUUAGCUCUCAGAACGGCCUCCAAGCCAGCAAUGCUCAAAAGUUUGUGCGAUGACAUGAAAUUGUUAGGGAGGGACUGGAACCAAGGCAUUGCCUCGGACCCAUCGAAAGUUCAUUGGAAAGGAACUCCCGCAGAGUCAUCACGGAACUCACGGACCGUUUUACAAGUUGAUAGACUAUGCAUCUGCCCGCGCCCUGAAAGAUCAGCCAGGCAAGUACAGAUGCAACGAGGCUAUACUACCUUGUCCGGCGAAUGGGAGUCCCGAGGCCACUGGUCGAGUUGUCCACUGUCGAAAAUGCCGAGAAAGCAACGGCUCAAGGCAAGUCUGAAGUACACCGGCAUCUCCCGCCUUCUCAAAUCAGUCAUCGAUGUUUCAUUCGCGUUGACGUCAGGAGCUGGCGGCUACAGCAUCAGUCCCAGCUUUACCUACUGUCCAACUGUAGACAGAAAAUCGGAUCCCGCUUUCCGCAUAAUCGACUUGAUUAGGGAGUCCAUCCAUCCCUCAAAACAGCAUAGACCGAGUCGUGAAGCCUUCGCUACUGCCUGCUUGAAGAAGUUGGCAAGACUACUUGAAGAAAAGCAAACGUGCCCGACUGCUGUGGACGAUCAAAAUAUGACACGGGUGCAUCAUGCUGCUUCUUCAAUCAGAAUUGUGUUUUACCGCUGGAGGGCAUGGCUUCCCGAAAUCAGAGCCCUCUCGGAAAUCUUCCCGAUGCUACUCUCUUAUGGUGCUUCAGCCUAUGCCUACGACACCAAAGCCGUCGAGGUCUUAUCACGGGCCAACUUGGAUAGCCAGCCGGCCUUAUUGAACGGGGUUUCCUCCGACAUCUUCAACGACGGGAAUGAGAUAGAUGAAAGCAUACCGUCGUAUGAUAAGUUUCCGGAGGCUGCAACAGGUACCAUUUCUUUCAAACAAGCCUCUGAAUGCGGGCCUUUAGGCAUGGCAGUUAUUCGUAGCGAUUUCGAUGAAGUAGGCCGCGUUUUGAGUCGGUUCCCUGACUCAAUAGCUGAGCUGGAUAUCUAUGGAAGAAGCCCGCUUCACCUCGCAGCAGCCAAACCGGAGAUUCUCGAAGCUCUAGUGAAAUAUGCGGAUGCCAACAUCCUCAAUCAGCGCGACAAGGCGGGGGCUACUGCACUCGAGAUGGCUAUGAUUAUGAGCUCUGAUCACUGCGUCAACGGCCUGAACUACGAAAAAUGUAAACGUUGUUCCUGUUAUAUUUGCGUGAAGCACCUUAUCGACGCUGGCUGCGACAUACGGACGUGUGGAAUGAGGGAUGUGGCCGGUAAUGUGCCAAGCUUGACUAUUCUCCUUGGGAAGGCAUCGGAGCGCGCUCGGCGUUGUUACGUCCUCCGCAUGGAGCAAGCCCGAAACCCAGGAACUCCAGGGCGAACCUUGCCAAACAAAGGCAUUUGCACAAAACAAAAUACAGAGGAAACAAGGUCGAAGAGCAACAAUUCGACCGGAAGAGGUCAAAAUGUCCAAGAAAGCCCGGCACAAGCCCCCCGGAUAUUGCGAGUCUGCGUCAAGGCUGACCAAGCCACAAGCUGGGUUUGGAUAUUCGAUGAAAUCCAGACCAUACAUGUGGCUGAGUUAUUUCGUCGUCAUGGAUUUAUGCCCGAUCCAUCUAUUUUCGACCCUCGACGGCGAAACUACCAAGCUCCGUUCUAUCUGGAAGCACACUUUAUUUGCUGGCUGGUAGACCAUGGAGGAGAUCUGUUCUUGCGAUCGCCUGUGGGCCCUAUCAACAGGACCGCCGAUGACGGAAUUUUUGCCGCGCACUUCGUCUUCUACCUUCUAGGCGCCCAAUCCUGUAUGUGGUCGGGAUCUUGGAGGACAGGAUGGAGAGCUGCAAAGUCGGACGCCUUCGAAAAAGUGGUGACCACUGUGACAAGCCGCAAUCUUACGGAUGGCUGUUGCUGUCCCUGCUCAGCGAGGGGGUGCGUUCCAUUUACAUGGAUGAUGAAAGGCUUUGUUAAAUUUUCGAGCAUUCCAGACGAGGAUUUCCCCUACAAUUACGUGGAUGAAAUGGUAGCAUUCUACAGCUCAUGCGGCCUGGAGAUGACACUCUUAAGUUAUGCUGAAGCAAUCAGGUUUAUGACCUUCGAGGCCCUGGGUCUCGUUCACAGCUGCUGCGACGCACAUUCUCUGACUCAUUUGAAGUCGGAUUGGAUUGACAUAGACCAUACGGAGAUUAUAGAAGAUCAACAUCUACUAGUUGAAUUGCUAGAGGAGUUAGUUGUAGAGUUCGUGCAGAAAGCAGCUGAGUAUCUAGGGGAUGGACCGGAUAACCGUCCGCUCUUCCCUCAGUUUUGGGUAUCAUACUGGAUUGAUCGAAUGUUGGAUGAGUUGGAAGAGCUUGGUGGCAACGAAUUGACCGAAGCAGAAAGACGAGGCGCAGAGGAACUUGGCGUCGAAUGGCGCGGUCCGAUUGAGUCUGGAAACGAGAACGAGAAUCCGUAUAACGAGUAUGACUUGGAGCACUACUUCUACGAGUUGGAUCUAAUUUGUCCCGAGUAUAAUGAGCCAUGGCCGGAAGGAACGCAUCCCACACAUUGA